AUGGUCUCCGCAUCAGCCCUGGUGUUCGCUGCGGCUAUAGCAGCGCCAUCGGCCUACUAUGAGGUGCCUGCGUCUGGAGGUGGUAGUGUCAAGGCCCCAUCACCUACGCCGGCCCUUGCGUACGAUCCCGCUUUCCCCACUGAUAUUGGCCAUGCUGGCCCUACAAGCCCUGGUGGCUGGCCAUUCCGUGCCCAGGUUGAUGCAUUUAAUGUAACGCAGCCAGAUGAUGACAAGGCCAUGCAAUUACACUGGGUCCCCAAAGACGCCGCUGCCUCGGGGGCGACGUCGGACGACAUUUUUCGCAAUCUUGGCGCACCUUCGCCCUACCGGCCAUCGCGAGAUCUCUUCCCAGAUACGAUGGCCUACCAGGCUGUUCCGCCCACAUGCUCCAUCAAGCAAGUACAUAUCAUCUCCCGUCACGGCUCACGAUACCCUACCGAUGGCACGAGUCAGGGACCUGGUCAAUUGGCAGAGCGCCUGCAAAAGGCCAAGUCGUCUGGGACAUUGCAGGCGCAUGGGGACUUGGCCUUUUUGCAAUCAUGGGAGUACCAAUUGGGCGACUCGCUGUUAACGAAUCAGGGUGCGCAUGAUAUGUUCCAAGCGGGUUCUCGUGCCUACUACAAUUACGCUGCCUUGCUUCGCCAUCAAAAGGGGAAACCCAUCAUACGUACUACGUCUCAACGACGUAUGCUUGAUUCCGCUCGAUACUGGGCCAUGGGCUUCUUUGGCUGGAAUGCUGCUGAGCAAGUGCACUUUGAGGUGCUAGACGAAGCGAAGAACCAAAACAGCACACUCUCGCCAAAGUAUGCGUGCCCCAACGCACGAGAUGUCACAUUCAAAUUCGGGCGCCAAAUGAUGGCAGAAUGGAAUGCUAAAUUUGUGCCACCCAUUACAGAGCGGCUCCAGCGUAUGCUCACAGGGUACGAGCUUGAUGAUCAGGAUACAAUCAACAUGAUGAGCAUGUGUGCCUACGAAACCGCUGGUAUGGGGUACUCGCAUUUUUGUGGACUCUUCACAAAAGAAGAGUGGGAAGACUUUGAAUAUGCCGCGGACCUGCAUUUCCAGGGCGAUCAUGGGUUCCUGAACCCCAUGGGCAAGGCUCAAGGCAUUGGGUGGGUCUCGGAGUUUCUUGCACGCCUUACCAACAAGCCUUUCCAGGGGCCAGUCACCUCGCAAAAUCGUACCAUGGAUACCAAUACGACCUAUUUCCCACUGGAUCAGCCGAUAUAUGUGGACUUUACCCAUGACACCGUUCUCACUAGCAUUUUCACGGCGCUGAAUUUGACGCAGCUAGCCGAUCCCCUAACCACUGCCCACGCCGAUCCUCACCGCACGUAUCGCACAAGCUGGGUCACGCCCUUUGCAGCUCGCUUUGUCUUUGAGGUUCUCACGUGCGAAGAUCAAGACUAUAUCCGCAUGAAAAUGAACGAUGCGAUUGUCCCGCUUAAUGAAGACCAAGGGUGUGCCAAACCCCGCCGUGAUGGACUAUGCCCUGUGCGUGGAUUUGUCAAUGAACUGAAACGUGCCUAUGAAUCCUCUCGCUUCGAUUUGGCGUGUUUUGGCGAUAACGGCACCGAUUUUAUCGUUCAAGGACCUGCCCGAUUUGGUACGUUGGACCAGGCCCAAAUUUUGUAG